AUGUCUCACGGGUUGUUUGUUUGGCUUUGGCUGUUUUGCUUUCGUAGAGAUGUGCACCGUUCCCCUCUCCUCUCUGGACUUGUCUUGUCUUGUCCCGACUUUGGCAAACACCAGAUCGAGUACUACAUAGUCCAAGCUUCACUCCUAGUACCAUCUUUUAUCUCCACUACAGUUCCAGACUUGAUCAAAACUUCAAGGUCUGACUCGACCAAGCUAUCUAACAAUAUCAUCAUUCAAAUUGCGGAGAUGGGUACAGUCUACCCUCCUUUCCAACGGCCAGUCCACCCUUUAGAUGAUGGCAACCAGCCCUACGACCCAAAUAUGCAGCUCAUGGCCCAAGACCCGUCAGGCAUGAAUCUAUACGGCACGCGUUCCCAGGGUCCUUGGCAGCAAUGGUGGUUUCGCGAGAAUGCCGUCUUUGCCGAAGCAGCAAACAUGGCCGCUCCAAAUGCCUACGAGCAAGAAAACCAACAACAAUAUCCCCAGUACGCCGGCAAUCAAGACUCCUCAACACAAUGGCCAUCCCCUUCGACCUCAAUGCACAGCUGUCCCGUCCAAUCUCCGUCUACCGAGCCUACCAGCGUAGAGAAUGCGACCGGUGACUCCGAAAGCCGUAGAGGCUCUUCAUCAACCCAGCCCGACAAACGAAAACGUAAUGGGAGCCGAUCUACAGCGUCGAAGGCUCCAAGACGCGCGUCAACUCGCAAGACAACCAAAAUAGAAGCAGUAUCAGAAAAGCCCAAAGGACGCGGCAAAGGCAAAACAGUCGCCAAGCCGCAACCCACGAACCCUCCGUCUCCUGAACCGGAGGAAGAACUCGACGAGCACAGCAGAAAGGUCCAGGAGCGAAACCGCAUCGCCUCCAACAAAUUCCGCAUCAAGAAGCGCGAAGACGCCAAGAAACUCCGAGCCGACGAACAAGACAUGGAACGAGCCAACCGCGACCUGUCAAGCUGCGUGUCCGACCUCACGAUGCAAGUCUACGACCUCAAGAUGAGACUCCUACAACACACCGACUGCGAAUGUCAAUUGAUCCAAGAGUACAUCGCGAGCGAAGCACACAGAUACAUCCAAGACCUGAGCGAGGGAAAACAGAACCAUGCGACACCGCCGAUUUGCCCCUUUCCCCAGCACAAUUGAGAAGAGGCCCCUGUGUACGAUUCAAAGAUACGAAGACGAUGAUUAUGACGAGUCGAUACGUUAAAAAGAUCGGUCGAUGUUUACAAGUGUCCAUUAAAAUGCAGCGGAGGAGUCACUGGGAUUUGCUCGACCCAAGGGAGAUAUCGAAUACGAUGGGAUGAUAUGCUACAUCCCUUGUGGUCUUUUCUUUCUUAUCACAUAUUUUUUCUGUGCGACUCUGGGAUUAACGAGUUCAAAUGGCGUUGGGAGAUUUUACUGUAAAAAGCUAUCAGGCUUGAUUGGCUUCGCUGAACGGCAAAUUUAUAUGGUAUUGCAUCUGUUACUGUACAACAUCAAUAGAUUCAUGCCGUAGGUUCUCACUUAUAUCACAUUACCUGAGUGUGGAAUGUUGAAUCAACAUGUCAAAUUACAAGAUGAUACGAUUGGCCAUCAAAUCAAACACAAGGUCAAUUUUCGCUGCGAG